ACGGAGGUUGUGGUAACGAGGAGCAUAACUAGCUGCAUUACAUUUCAGGAAUGUGGUUUGAUAAUUUUUUCAUGUAGAUACAAAAGAGUAUGACUUCAGUUAAAGAAACAAUGUUUGUUGGAGAGAAAAGGGGAAGCUCGAUAUUCUGUGGAUUUAGGGCGCUUGGACUUUACUCCAAUCACCUACCACACGUGGUCCGUUUUCAUAAGAAACACCAGGAGUUCUAUGUGGUGACAGCAGUGGGUCGGUGCUUCCAUACGUACAACGUAAAGAAACUGGGAAUUGUUGCUGUCAGUAAUGCUCUUCCUGCGGACAUUUCGUACCUUGCUGCUGACCGAAUGCUUGUCUAUGCUGCACAUGGAAAAGUUAUCUCAGCUUUUGCAAAGAACAGAAAGGUUGUCCACACUUAUGAAGGCCACCAAGCUGAUGUCCAUUUGUUACUGCCAUUUGGAGACCAUCUCAUAUCAGUAGACAAGGAAAAUGCUGUCAUCAUCUGGGAUGUCGAUUCAGAAGAUAUGUACUUGCAGAUUUUAUUUGAUAAAGCAUCAUUUGAUGUUAGUGCUGUUAUGCAUCCAAGCACGUACCUGAAUAAAAUCCUGUUUGGAAGCAGUCAAGGAAGUCUUCAGUUAUGGAAUAUCAAGGCAAACAAACUUCUCUUCAUUUUUCCUGGAUGGGAAUCAGCGGUGACAAUUCUUCAGCAGACUCCAGCUGUGGAUGUGGUUGGUGUAGGUUUGGCUUCUGGACAGAUCAUUAUACACAACAUCAAAUUUAAUGAAACUCUAAUGAAGUUUCAACAAGACUGGGGUCCAAUCACUGCCUUAUCCUUCCGGACAGAUGGUCAUCCAGUAAUGGCUGCUGGUAGUCCUGUUGGGCAUAUUGGACUGUGGGAUUUGGAGGAGAAGAGGCUGGUUGGUCAAAUGAGAGACACGCACACCACAGCCAUUGCUGGCCUCACUUUCCUUCACAGUGAGCCACUCCUGAUCACCAACGGGGCUGACAAUGCCAUUAGGGUGUGGAUUUUUGAUGUGGCGGGAGGAGAAGGACGUCUGCUGAGAUUUCGCAUGGGGCACAGUGCACCACCCACCAAGAUUCAACACUAUGACCAGAGUGGCCAGCACAUUCUAAGUGCUGGACAAGAUGGUACCCUGCAGUCAUUUUCUACUGUUCAUGAGCGCUUCAAUAAGAGUUUGGGACAUGGCUCUCUAAACAAGGCAAAAGCCAAAAAGAAGAGUGUGAUGUGCGACACUGCGAAACUGCCACCCAUCACCACUUUUGCAUUAGAGAGUGCUCGUCAGAGCGACUGGGAUAGCAUUGUGGCCUGUCAUCAAGGUUUUCUUGUCACCACCACAUGGAACUAUCAGAAAGGCUCCAUGGGAGCUUACAAACUGGAACCAGAGCGUUUUAACAAGAACCGUGCCCUGACCGUUCAUGCCACGGCUGUAGACAUCAGUUCCUGUGGGAACUUUGCAGUGAUUGCCCUGUCUUCAGGACACAUAGAUGUGUACAAUAUGCAGUCAGGCCUACAUAGAGGACAGUAUGGAAAAGAUAGAGCGCACUCCGGGCCAGUGAGAGGUGUUGCUGUUGAUGCCCUCAACGAGCUCACAGUCAGCACUGGAGCUGAUAGGCUGCUGAAGAUCUGGAAGUUCAAAUCCAAAGAGCUUUUACACACAGUCAGCCUGCCUGCAUCCCCUGCUUCCACACUCUUGCACAGAGACAGUGGAAUGCUUGCCAUUGCUCUCGAUGACUUCACUGUCAGUAUCUUGGACAUGGAAACAAAGAGGAUUGUACGGCGUUUCUCUGGACAGCGUGGACAGGUUAACGAUAUGACUUUCAGCCCGGAUGGACGAUGGUUGAUAAUAGCCUCCAUGGACUGCACCAUUAGAACAUGGGACCUUCCCUCUGGCAGUUUGGUCGACUGUUUCCUGGUAGAUUCAGCAGCCAUCAGCAUCAGUUUCUCUCCCACGGGGAACUUCCUUGCCUCCUCCCAUGUUGACUGUCUGGGUAUUUACUUAUGGUCCAACAACACACUGUGUAGUUUGGUGUCGUUGCGCCCUCUACCUGCAGACUAUGAACCUUUUGUGGCGAUCCUGCCUGGCUCUUGCUUAAGCAAAGAUGACGAAGAGGAGGAUACAGAUGCUGAUAACUUGAAAAUGGCAGAGUAUGUGUCUCCUGCACAGCUUGACGAACAGCUAGUCACUUUGUCUCUGCUGCCUGACUCUCGGUGGAAAAACCUUCUUCACCUGGACAUCAUCAGGACAAAGAACAAGCCAAAAGAACCCCCUAAAGUGCCUAAAGCAGCUCCCUUUUUCAUCCCCACCAUUCCAGGGCUCGUACCUCAGUUCGCCCUCCCUGACACAUCAUCAGAAGAGCAAUCAAAAGUGGUUAACCUGGGAGCACUAGCACAGAAGUCAAGUUUCUACCUCCAGCUUGAAGAAGCGCUAGAUACUAAUCUCUAUGAGGGUCCAGUGCAGCUCUUGAAGGAGUUGGGCCCUUCUGCUAUUGAUACAGAGCUGCGAGGCCUGGCACCAGGUAUGGGAGGAGAUAUUUGUGUCAUGCAGAGCUUCCUCAAGAUGAUUGGCAGCAUGUUGCUUUCGAGGCAAGACUUUGACCUGGCUCAGGCCUACCUUGCACUCUUCCUCAAGUUGCACCUGCGGUUAAUUGCUGAGCAGACUCUUCUCAUGGAGGAGGCGGGGAACGUUUUGGAGCUAUUGGAGGAGACAUGGACUUCCAUGCAGACCAUCCUCAACCACAGCAUGUGCCUCCUGUCCUACAUCAAGAGUGCUUUGCUGUAGAAAACACUUAGGCACUCACUGUUUUUUUUUUUUUUUUCUUUUUUGUAAUAUGCGAAGUUACAGAACUUACAUAUGCAAUGUUUUACAUUUUUCUUCCUAGAACCUAUAAUGGAUUUAAAAAAAAUAAUACAGCGAAAAGCUUUGGUGGUUUAUAGUUAUAUUAAAGAAAGACAUAAUUCA